GAGGUAGCGGGGCGGGGCAGGGCAAGGUGAGGACCUUCAGCGGGCGACGCGGGACUGUGAUGAGGAGAGGUGACAGUUUCGGUCAGGCGGACACGGCGGCAACUCGAUGGAGGAGACCAUAGAUCUGGACUCGUUGCUCUACUUUGCUUCUAGUUUGUACCAGGGCUGGAUCCGAGUAUACGAUGUACGAGGUCCACCCACACAUAGAAUGUCUUGUGGAAGAUCACAUUAUGAGUGUGCAAUAUGGAACACCAAAUUUUGUAUUGUCACAGAUGGUCAGUUGCUGUUGCUGGAUAAAGAGGAGAUUCAUCCAUUGCUGCUGCAAGAACGGCGAGCAGAGUCAUGUCGGGCAAGACUGCUACGCAGAACUGUUAGCGUUCCUUCUGAGGGUCAGUUUCCUGAGUACCAACCUGAUCCGUCAGUGGAGCAUGAUUCUCCAAUUGAAAGACCUGGCCGGAGACGCAGUAUGCCUGGGACUGCUCCAGAGGAAACCCCCCCUACCGAAUUACCCGCUUCUACACCAUUUCGUGUAACGGGCUUCCUGAGCCGCCGACUGAAAGGCUCCAUCAAGAGGACAAAGAGCCAGCCCAAGCUCGACAGGAACAGCAGCUUCCGCCACAUUUUACCUGGAUUUAGGAGCGUGGAGGAUGAAAGAUCACGUCUGAUGCCGAGGUUGAAAGAAUCACGUUCUCACGAGUCUUUGCUCAGUCCCAGUAGUGCGGUAGAGGCACUGGAUCUCAGUAUGGAGGAAGAAGUGACAAUUAAAUCUGUACACAGCAGCAUUCUGGGGCAAGAUUACUGUUUUGAGGUGACAACUUCAACAGGCAGCAAAUGUUUCUCGUGCCGUUCAGUCGCAGAAAGAGAUAAGUGGAUGGAAAAUCUCCGGCGGGCAGUGCAGCCAAAUAAGGAUAACAGCAGACGAGUGGAGAACUUGCUCAAACUAUGGAUUAUUGAAGCCAAGGACCUGCCAGCCAAGAAAAAGUACUUUUGUGAACUCUGCCUUGAUGACACAUUGUACGCACGGACUACCUGCAAGCUGAAAACGGACAAUGUUUUCUGGGGAGAGCACUUUGAAUUCAGUAACCUGCCCACAGUAAAAAACAUUACAGUGCACUUGUACAAAGAGACUGAUAAGAAGAAAAAGAAAGAUAAGAAUAAUUAUGUGGGUCUGGUAAAUAUUCCUAUAGCAACUGUGACGGGGCGACAGUUCCUAGAGAAAUGGUAUCCUGUGAGCGUGCCCAAUCCCAGCAAGGGCAAAUCAGCAGGUCCCAUGAUUCGAAUCAAAUCUCGCUACCAGAGCAUGAGUAUUCUUCCAAUGGAGCUCUACAAAGAGUUUGCUGAAUACAUUACGAACAACUACAUGCUGAUGUGCACGGUGCUAGAACCUGUGCUGAGCGUGAAGAGUAAGGAAGAGAUGGCUUGUGCAUUGGUACACAUUCUACAAAGCACUGGGAAGGCCAAGGACUUCUUGACAGAUUUAAUGAUGUCAGAAGUUGAUCGCUGUGGGGACAACGAGCAUCUAAUUUUUCGGGAGAACACCUUGGCAACCAAAGCAAUAGAAGAGUAUCUGAAGUUGGUUGGGCAGAAGUAUCUCCAAGAUGCACUUGGAGAGUUCAUCAAGGCUCUGUAUGAAUCAGAUGAAAAUUGUGAGGUGGAUUCAAACAAAUGCUCAUCAGGAGACCUCGCUGAGCAUCAGAGCAACCUAAAGAUGUGCUGCGAGCUGGCGUUCUGCAAGAUCAUUAAUUCUUACUGUGUAUUUCCACGAGAACUGAAGGAAGUGUUUGCAUCAUGGCGACAGGAGUGUAGCAACCGAGGGCGACCAGACAUCAGUGAGAGACUAAUCAGUGCUUCCCUCUUCCUGCGGUUCCUCUGCCCUGCCAUCAUGUCCCCUUCUCUCUUCAACCUCCUACAGGAAUACCCAGAUGACCGCACGGCACGCACACUGACUCUAAUAGCCAAGGUUACCCAGAACUUAGCUAAUUUUGCCAAGUUUGGUAGCAAGGAGGAAUAUAUGUCUUUCAUGAAUCAGUUCCUUGAGCAUGAAUGGACCAACAUGCAGCGAUUCCUACUGGAAAUUUCCAAUCCAGAAACCAUUUCAAAUACAGCUGGAUUUGAAGGGUACAUCGAUCUGGGCCGGGAACUCUCCACUCUACAUUCGCUGCUUUGGGAAGUGGUUUCACAAAUGGAACAGGCAACUGCAACAAAGCUUGGUCCUUUGCCUCGUAUCUUGAGGGAUGUCAAUACAGUGCUGACCAACCCAGGGGCUGUACCUGCACCAUCAACGUCUGAGCCGUGCACUUCAACGCCAAAUCCCACCAGUAGCAACAUGUCCACAGGGCUACAAAAGAUAGUGAUAGAUAACGAUCUCAGUGGUUUAUUAGACUGUACAAGGUUACCCUCUCCUACCCCAGAAAACAAGGACUUGUUUUUUGUCACAAGGUCCUCUGCUAUACAGCCAUCGCCAGCUCGCAGCUCAAGCUAUUCUGAAGCCAAUGAACCUGACCAACAAAUGCCAAAUGGCAAUAAAAGUGUCUCAAUGGUUGACCUGCAAGACAAUCGUAGUUUGGAGAGCACAACAAGCGUUCCACCGGCAGGCGAUUCCCUAAAUGACAGUCAAGGAUCGGGUGGGCAAAUGCAAGCGAUGUGGCAGCCGAGGGCACUGCAGAAUGCAGCUCCAAGUGCUCCCGGCCCCGGGCAUGUCGGCAGAAAGCCUGGACAAACCGCGAGCACCCCUAGCGCCGAUGGUGCCCCAGGAAGGCCUCAACUUUUGGCGCCAUUGUCGUUUCAAAAUCCAGUGUAUCAGAUGGCAGCCGGUAUACCAGUUUCGCCACGUGGGGUAGCCGACUCGGGAUCAGAAUGUCACAGCUCUGUCAGCUCGCACAGCAAUAACGAGGAGCAGGCAGCCAACAAGCCUGCUUUCCACGGCCACACGAGCACAGAGGAUUUCACUCGGCGCACCGGGGAUUUCACAAGAAGACAACUUUCCCUGACAGAAAAAAUACCCCAGGCGUCAGUGCCACGCCAGAACAGUGCUGGCCCACAAAGGCGAAUAGAUCAGCCUCCGCCAGCAGCCAGAGGUAGGACACCACCGGCCUUAUUAUUCAACACCACUCAGUAUCCCAGGCCUUCUAGCAGUGGUGUAAUACAGUCCUCGUCAGAGUGGCCGAGCACCGGCACAAAGUUACGACAGCAGUCGUCCUCAUCCAAAGGAGACAGUCCCGAAAUGAAGCAACGCGCAGUGCACAAGCAGGCCCCCUCGCCUGCGAAUGCCUUGUCCUCAGUGGACCGCACAGCGGCAUGGCUGAUGAAUAUGAACAUGCAGUUCAUAGAUGAUGAAACUGUGGACCCAGGCUCUAAGCACAGGGAUGAUGUCAGACCUAAAGAGGAACUUAGCCAGAUAGAGAAGUAUCAACAGGAGAUUGCCAUACUUCAGGAUAAACUGAGGGCUUCCAAUAGGAAGCUGGAGGAAUAUGAGGUUCAUUUAAAGAACCAAGAGGAGCAAGCACAAAAGAUGAUGCUGGAGUACCAAGCCAGGCUGGAGGAGGGUGAGGAACGGCUUCGUAGACAACAAGAAGACAAAGAUGUGCAGAUGAAAGGCAUAAUCAGCAGGUUAAUGGCUGUGGAAGAUGAACUGAAGAAAGACCAUGCAGAGAUGCAAGCUGCGGUGGACUCCAAGCAGAAGAUCAUUGAAGCCCAGGAGAAACGAAUUGUUUCCCUGGAUGCUGCUAAUGCUCGUUUGAUGAGUGCCCUGACACAGCUGAAGGAGAGAUACAGCAUGCAGAGUCGAAAUGGGAUUUCCCCUACCAAUCCCACCAAGCUGCAGAUCACAGAAAACGGGGAAUUCAGGAACAGCAGCAACUGCUGAUGUGCCGAGCUAAGUGACAGGAGUUACCUUGUACCAUGAGUAAUCUCAACACAGGGCAUGCUAAAGCACUGCCGUUAGCUACAGUAACAGAGAAAACCUGCAUCCAGAUAUCUUGUGAUUAUAUUAGUGUUUGUAUAAAAGUUUCUUUAAGGUGGCCACAUGGUGUCAAAAGAAGCAUGUCGUUACAGCAGAAGUAGUGAGCCUUAGAAAGUCUUCAGGCAAAUAUCUUGCACUGGAAUACCGUAGAGUUCAUGUAAGGUAAACUCAGGUGCUUCAUCUGAGUGUGCAGUGAGUUUUUGAAAUAGUUGCAACCAAAAAGCAAUUCUUAGAAUAUUUUUUCCAGUGCAACGUCUAUCUGAUGACCCUUGAGCCACUCAUUUAUAAGUACUUGCACCGUCGACUUCACGUGGCCCAUUGAAGUCAUCAUUCCACGUAAAUGCCUCUGUAGAAAUGGGAAGUCUUUCAUUAUUGCUCUAUUCCCAUCAAAAUUGAGUAUGCAGACACAAGUGUAGACCAGUUUUAUAGAAUAAAGUGAUUUCCCCCCCCAUUGUUAUUUCUAAACUAAUUGAUGCUCAACACUUUCUGAUUUUGACUGGUUUGUGCUGUUUCUAUCCCUGUUGGAUAGGUAGGAGGAAGAAUAUCUGUCCAUUGAUAUUGACAGUUUGCCAGCAAUGCCUCUAAUGCACUUUUACCAUGCACAUAACGAUGUCUUUUGGGAAACAGUUUUCCUACUUUGAAACUUUUUAUAAGAAAAUGCUUUUCUUAACAGCUGAUGGCAGUGCGAAGAUUCCUAUACAGUCUUUGCUCUGGAUUAUACCACUCUGACAUCUAAACAAGCAAAACCAUCUUCUGUUUUAGGGAAUAAUGCUCUAAAGACUUUUAACCACAACAUUAAAAAUUACUAAAGUGAAGAUUCCCAUACAGUCUUUCCUCUGGAUUAUACCACUCUGACAUCUGACCAAUUACAACCAUCUUGUGUUUUUGAGAAUAAUGCUUUAAGGACUUUUAACCACUACACUAUAAUUACUAAUAUGAGAUGGGAGAAUGCGGAUUGCACUGGAAGUUAUCCACUGAGAAAAAUAGUUUAUGGAAAGAUCCAUUGACUCCUAAUCGGAAGCAAGAGAAAAGCAUGGCUGUAAAUCAUAGAGUGAUAGCAAAAGAAGCAGGUAGAGAGCUUGUGUUCAAUGCAUCUACCUGAAUCACCAUCUAAUGGAAACGUUUAGUCUGUGUUUAUCAUCUCGGUUCAGUGGGACUUUUUAAGCUGAUAUCCUUUCCAUACAUGCACCAUUGUUUUAAAACAAAUUGAUGGUUUGGUACAUUUACCCCCCCUCCCCCACGCCCCCCAAUAUCCUGCUGCUCCCAUACGAACAUGGAAUUGGCCACUGCUGCUUCAAAAGAUCUGAUUUAAAACAAAAGAUACACAUACUGUACUGUACUAACAGUUCUGCUGAAUUUAUACCUAUAUGUGUUUGUGCAGGUAUUUUUAAAAGAAACACGAACGAUCAAGUUACUUUCCAAUUUUACUUUAACUGUGCAAGUCAGUUUCUGCAUCUGUGCUGUGUUAAAGCGCUCUCUAUGUAUCCGGUGUAAACUGUAUAUAGUUAACAUCUGUUUCUGGUACUGCUUGUCUCAAAGUCACUACGAAGUGACUGCAUCUUUAACUGCUGUUUAUGUUGUUUAAAAUGUCUGAUUAAAAAAAAAGCCAAUGGUGGCAAAUUAAAACCACUUUAUAUACAGUAGGCAAACAAAAUCACUGUGUGAUUGCAAUCUGUGAUUCUGUAGUUCUUCAGGCCAUUUGUUAUAUUUACUGACUUUUCAGAUUUGCAGCAUCUUAAGUUGCAUUUGUAUUUAGCAACACUGACAUAUGACAAGUAUCGUGACUGCACCAGUGAUUUGGUAAAGCGACUCUGUUGUUUCCCAAAAGAAACAAACUGGCUUUCAGUACGGAUUUGGGCACCGCUAUGGAAUGCAAGCAGUCACAGAAGCCGUGACAGCACAUCCUGCUGUAGAAGGCAUUAGCAAAACUAAGAUGUGAAGUAAACAGAGAAUGUUUUAAGUGCACUGCCAAACCUGUGUAUACCUGCCUAAUAUCCGCUAGCAUUACAGUUUGCAAAUAAGCCUUAAAAGGUUUUUUAAAAUUACUUUGUAGAUUUGUACUUUUUAUUGCAGUUCAAAAUGUUUUAAUAUUUUGUUUUUUUAUUAAAACUGCAUGUAAAAUAUUGUGUGGAUCCAUAAGAAGCAGUGUUUACAGUUUGAAUUAAAUUGCACAUGGUUAUUUUUAUUUCUUUUAAAAACUGUGAAAGUCUUUUAACGGAAACAAUUUCUCAAUGUUAAAGCCAUUCCAUUGUUUUUUUCUCUCUCAGUUUAUGGCAGGGCAGCGAAAGCCAAGAUCCACACCCCUAGUAAGACUGUACGGUGAGCUGGCAGUUCUGGGGUCUGUUAUUUUGUAUAUCUCAAUGCAGUCAUUGCUACUGGCAUUAGCUCCAGUGUUGCAUGUAGCUAAAAGCAUUUUCUGCAUUAAUACUAGUUUUUCCUUGUAUAGCUGAGACUACCUUUAGAAGUUAGAGCAGGAGGCUGCUGAGGAUUUUUUAAUACAUUUGCAGAGUCCCAGCAUGUAUAGUUGUCUGCAGGGAGCUUCCACACAAAAUCAAAAAACAUUUAUUUGAAUGUAUUUAAGAAGCUUAGUGAAUUAGUUUUCGAACUGUAUAUGGCUCAGUAUUUCCCGACUAUGAACACCAUCUAUAAAGCAAGUUGUUUCAGUAUUUUAAUGCUUUGCUCAAAUUGAAAAGAUAAACAAUUAAAGCCCAGGAUUUACUUCUUCCAAGAGUGAUGUUCAGAAAAUAGAGUUUUCCUCCUCUAGAAGUUUGAGAGAUUUCAGUGGGAACUGAGACAGCUCCUGAGAGACUAUAGCCUAUUUGUUUCAGGUCGAAACUGUUCUAAAAAGGUGUCUCCCCAAGCAGAGAACUGUGCCAAAGAUUGUGCAUCUUGAUAUUGUGAGAGUAUGUUUCCAUAGGCAAUGUAUGGUCUGAAGUGUGCGCAAGUUAUUGACAGUCUUAAACAACCCAAGGGCAGCCCAGGAUUUUAUUGGAAUAGAAUGCUGAGCACACAAUAUUGGAAUGGGAAAAUAUACACAUGAAGAGCUUGUUAUUUAAAAAAAGUUCUUUUCUUGCUGUAGUAUUUAAAGCUAAAGGUUCUGUGACAUUGUUUUGACAUUUAUUUUGAGGAUCUAAAUUAAACAUGCGAUUGUACUAUCAUUGGAUGUGUGGCAUAUGGUCUCAUUUGCCACAAGCAAGCCAGGAAUUUUGCUCUGUGCUCAGUAUUCUGUGUGAUAGGACAUGCCUCCAAGUAACUGGUGCUCGCUGAUACUUGUCCCUGGAAAACUGUUGUACGUUUUAUAUCCUUACACUUUUGUAAGUAUGUUUAAAGUAUUUGCUGGAUUCACUUCAGCUUACUUAACCUGUAAUAAUGUACAGAAAAGUUGUUUGUGUUAAAAUAUGUGGCUGUGCAAUUUAUGUACAUUUGCAACUAGACUUAUUAAAGUUUUAUUUAGCUAUUUUAACCAAUCUGUGUAACGUCAUUAUUAAAUCAGACAUGGAACAUUGUUAUUAUAGACACAUUUAAUCAGAGAAACAUAGUGUGAUAAAUUAGUUGUGGUUUUUAGUUUGCAGAAUUGGGAAGAUAGUAACACAUCACAUGAACGUAGUCAAGCUGUGAGGAUGGGCUGCUGUAAAGAACAUAAAAUUCAGUGCAGAAAAGUGAGAAUAUUUUGCUGUGGUAAAAGAUAGCAGAUUUUAUUUAAAAACCUUAAAAAUAUAGGAGUAUGAGUUGGUCAUCAAAGACAUUCCAAAAUGCAAAACUUGCCACUUCUUCUAUGAGAUGAUUCUGACACAAGAGAGCAACCUCUAUCAUCAAAGACCUACAUCAUUCAGGCCAUGCUGUCUUCUCACUUCUAGCAUCAGGAAAGAGGCGCCAGGAGCCUUAGGCCUCACGCCAUCAGGUUCAGGAACAGUUAUUAGCCUUCAGCCAACAGGCUUCUGAAUCACUGUGGACAUCUUCACUUACCACAACAUUGAAAUGAUCGCUGAACACAACCUGUGGACCCUCUUUCAAGGACUCUACAACUCAUGUUCUCAGUUUUAUUUAUUUAUUUACCUGUUUGUUUGUUUAUUAUGCCUGCAAGAAGAUGAAUCUUAAGGUAGUUUUUGGUGACAUAUACAUACCUCAAUAGUAAUAAUUUUAUUUUGAACAAAGAACCCCAAUCUGUUAGUCAAACAUGAUUUAUCUAAUUCAAGAUUCAAAGUAAGUAAGUAUGGAUAUGUCACCAUAUGCUAACUUGAGAAUAAUUUUCUUGCUGGUAUUCAUAGUAGAAGAGAGAAAUACAAUGGAAUGUCUGAAAGUUGCACACUUAGACUGGCAAACAAGCAAUAAAGUUGUAAAUG